UGGCCACGCGACUGGAUAUAUCACCAAUCGAAAUGAAAUACCACAGGUGAAUGGUUGGACUUCUUGUGUGCGGCAAACCGAACAUUUUUGUAGUAUAGAAAGUGUUGUGGUACGAAUUCGCUGCUGUUCUUGCCAGUUAUCAAGGAUAAGGCAACAUGAGAGUGUUUCUGUUCGUCGCAAUUUCCAUACUGUCAGUCAACGGAGGAGUGGUCCUGCAGGAUGCCCCCAGUUGUCCUGAACAACACGGAGUCCAAGCCUAUGCCCACCCCGAGUCCUGCAAUCUCUUCUUUUUGUGCACUAAUGGUACUCUGACUGUCGAACAGUGCGAAAAUGGUUUGCUCUUCGAUGGUAAAGGGGCCGUGCACCACCACUGCAACUACCACUGGGCUGUAGAAUGUGGACAUCGCAAAGCUGAUUUGACGCCGAUUAGUACUCCCGGUUGUGAGUACCAAUUUGGGAUCUACGAGGAAAGUCACGGCUGCUCGACUCAUUAUAUCAAGUGUGCCCAUGGUGAACCCAUCCCACAGGAGUGUGAACCAGGGUUGGUUUAUGAUGAGAGAAUCCAUGGGUGUAAUUGGCCUGAUCUUAAGCUGGAAGUCUGCAAUCCGGAAGCUGUCGUAGGCUUCAAAUGCCCCACGAAAGUCCCCUCAAACAGCCCCGCCGCCAAAUUCUGGCCCUAUCCUCGAUUCGCCGUCCCCGGUGACUGUCACCGUCUCAUCACUUGUGUCAAUGGAUUCCCCCGUUUGAUUUCCUGCGGUGAAGGAAAAGCCUUCGAUCAGAACACUUUGACAUGUGAAGAACCAGAAUUGGUUCCUCACUGUGCCAACCAUAUUAGAAAAUAAAAUUUAAACAAAAAAAAAAUACAAAAAUUAAAUUUAAAAAAUUCGGUUUGUUCAUAUUUUUGUUUUGUUUGUCAAAUUUCUGUUCGUUUCGAUCUUGUAAAAGUCUAUUUAUGUGCUUGUACAUACAGUUUUAAUAAAUUUAUACAGAAAUUUUUA